AUGGACAUAAAUUGCAUUCCAUCUCUCUCCUCGAAGUUCACAUUAAACCAGUGGCAUUGUAACAAUCAGUUCAGAUAUCGAUGUUCCGAAGCGCAGCAGGAAUCAUCGGACCGCGUCUCGGCUGAAGCAACCCGCGCGUGCGAAUUGUCCGCGGAAAUUGCGAAAGCUAAUAAGGAGGAGACGGAUCAUCGUCUGCAAGAAAAACUUAAUGACAUCGAAUUUCGUAAGGAGGAGUUGCUGCGGAUCAGAAAGGACAUCGUCUUGGAAAUCGACGCGCUGACGUUGUACAAGGAGCGGCUCGCGGACGCGUUGAAGUCCGUAAGGAGAAACGCUCUCGAAAUUUGCGAAAAGUGUCUAAUUGCCAGGGAACGCAGAUUGGGAAUUGAUUUAGUUCACGACGACGUGGAAAGGAACUUGCUGAAGGAGCGCGAAGUGAUUCAAAAAGCGGAGGACUUAUUGGAUCGAAUUUGGCGGGAAACCGGCGAAGAAAUCCGCAAAUCGAAAACUACGUUAUAUUAUAUCGAUCGCGAUCUCGAGAAUAAGGAGAGCAACUUGCAUAUCGAUCGUCAUAAUUUAUAUAUGAAGGAGACCGAUUUUAAUUUGAGUAUCUAUCACGGUACUUCGCCACUCGAUAAGUCAAGGGUGACAUUAAAUGAAUGGGAAUUGCAAACGAACAGCAAUGUUGUUAGCGCAAAUAAAGAGGUGAAUAACGCUAAACGAUUACGUUGUUACAUCGACGCGAUGCUUAAGCAAACGGUUGAUGAUUUAAAAACACAGAAGGAUGCCACGAACGAGGCCUUCAGACAGCGAAUCGAGCAAACCCGAGAAGCUAAAAUCAAAUUGGAAGUUCAACACUCGGAGAUAAUCAAACAAAUUGGCGCCAUGUCGAGUAAUAUAGCGCGCAUAAAAAAAUCUAUAGCUGAUAAGGAGGGUUUUAUGGCUCUGGCUCACACGAGAUUAGGACAUCGAUGUCAACGUCCAGGAAUGGAACUUACACAAGAUCUGGUUGAGGCUAAUCUCGUUAAGGAAGUACACGAAUUACGAAAUAUCGCAGCGAAUCUACAACAAAUGCUUUGCGAGGCAGAAGCAGCAUUACGUUACUUGCUCAAAACGCAAAUUCAACUCGAGGAGGAUAUUAACGUGAAGACGAAUACUUUGAAAAUUGACGAGGUCGAAUGCAUGACUUUACGUCAAAGUAUAGACUAUCACGCGUACUAACAUUGUUACUAUUAAAGCAAUUGUGUUCAAUGUCUUUCUCAAUGCCUUUUCUUAUAUUCAUCGAAAUUUUUGUACUAUUAAACUUGUAUAUUCAUAUAUCCUAUCUAAAAAAAAUAAAUAAAUAAAUAUAUACAACGAGAUUUUUCACCCCUUACUGAAGUCAGAUUAGAUGACGGUGUC